AUGCUCAUCGUCGGUCGCGCCAUCGCCGGUCUGGGAUCAUCCGGCCUGAUGAACGGAGCUCUGACGAUACUUGCGGCCAUCCUCCCACCCCGUCGGCAGCCGAUCGUCAUGGGCGUGAACGUUGGCUUGGGACAGAUUGGCAUCGCGUGUGGCCCGCUCAUCGGCGGCGCCUUCACCCAUUACGUGUCGUGGCGUUGGUGCUUCUAUAUCAAUCCCCCCCUGGGAGCAGUAGUCGCUGGCCUUCUCCUGUUCGUGACCAUCCCCGAGUCCCAAUACAAGCCCCCCGUCCGCGAGGUCUUCCGCACAGCGGUUCAUUCCCUCGAUCUCCUAGGCUUCGUCUUGAUCGCUCCCGCAGCGAUCAUGUUCUUCCUAGCACUGCAAUGGGGAGGCAACCAGCACCCGUGGGAUAGCUCUGUGGUCAUUGGCCUUUUUGUCGGUGCGGGAGGGACUUUCAUCGUCUUUCUCCUAUGGGAACGCCGGCGCGGUGACGACGCCAUGGUCCUCUUUAACAUGCUCAAGAUGCGCAUUGUCUGGUCGGCGUCGGCGACCAUGUUCUUCUUCAUGGGCGUGCCCUUCACAGCCAACUACUACCUGCCUAUUUACUUCCAGGCAGUCAAGGAUGACUCGGCGGUCAUGAGUGGUGUGCAUAUCUUGCCGACUAUCAUUGCGCAGGUGGUCUUUGCUGUGACCUCUGGUGCUAUGGGACUCGAAAUGAAUGGUGGAGGCACGCGGCUAUUACAGCACACGCCUGCGAACCAGGUCCGGAGGCCUGCAGAUGUAGGAAUGGCCGCUUCUGGUGAUCCCGUCCGGCCGCCGCCCGUGCAGGUUUAG